UCUUGUUUGAGGCUGGACAAUAAAUCUGAAGGCGACCAUAUUGAUUACGAUUGCGAAGUACAGUACAAAAGGCGUAUUUGGCAGGUGGGCAAUAAUCAGCGCAAAUAAUUUACUGUAGGGCACAAACCAACCUGCAACCUUCAGCGCGGCCGACGCCAUUAUUGUAUCUCGGAACCAAGGAGCAGCGGAACAGUUUCUCGGCGGGCCUGUUUAUCUCCGACACAGGCGGUCACACGUGGGGGGGAAUGAUGGCUAGUGGGGACGUUUGUAGCGUGCUAAAGGAGUGUGUUCAGACAAUAGAUGCCAAUACAGCACAACCAGAAAAGUUUUUGAGCCUUCAAGAUGGAGUGGCAGCAGACUUUACCUCUCUCACUAAGACCCUGUAUGAUCUCCACAAAGCUCAGGAGCCAGCAGAUUAUAAAGGCAGCCCGUUGUUGCAACUGGUGGUGGAAAAUUUUGAUGAAGAGCAGAUCUGGCAGGAGCUGGAGCUGCAGAACAAUGCUGUACUGAAACACUUUAAAAAUGCCAUUGAUGAGGCUUUAUCAGAUGAGACAUUAACAGUCCUGGUAAAGGAGGAGGAAAAUGGCGAUGAUGAAGUUGAAGAGGAGGAAGAAGAAGCGGAGGAAUCACCCAGACAGUCAAAGGAAAUGGCUGUGGAGGCUGAGGGUGGGGCAGAGGAUUACACAGAUGAGGACUCGGAUGUAGAUUUUGAUGUGGAUGCUCUAGAGAAGCGAGAGAAGCAAAAAAGAGUGAUUGGAAGGAAAGGCUCCAAAACAAAGGUGGUUCCCUCUGAGGUUGAUGAUAAGUUCUUCAAACUGACAGAGAUGGAGUUGUUUCUUGAUAAUAUGGACAAGCGAGAGGUAGAGGAGGAUGAGGAUGAAGAUGGCAUAGACUAUUUUCAGGACCUGCCCUCUGAUGUGGACGAUGACCUUGACCUAGAUCAAAUCAUGUCUGCCAAAAGGCUGAAGAAAAACAUUGCAAAGAGCUCCAGGAAUCUCAAGUACAAGGACUUUUUUGAUGCAGUGGAUGGUGAACAGGUUGAAGCAGAUGACCAGUCAGAUGGUGAAGAUGACAGCAUGGAUGAACGCCCAGAAGAUGAUGAAGGAGAACUAGAUGACGAGGAAGAUCGUGAUGGUGAAGAGGAGGGCGGCAGUGAGGAUAAAGAGACAAGUCAGCCCAAAGCAUCUCACAAGAAAGUAACCUUUAACCUCUCUGGUGAUGAGGACAGCGAGGGAGAAGACAUGGAGGACAUUUUUGGUGGAAAAACUCCAAGCUCAGCAAAGUCUGAAUCAAAGUCAUCAUUUGAGAAACGGCAAGAAAAGAUGUCAGAGAAAAUCAAGGAGUUGGAGAGAUCAGCUCUAGCAGAGAAACCCUGGCAGUUGUCCGGAGAGGUGACGGCGCAGGCUCGUCCAGAGAACAGCAUGCUGGAGGAGGAUGUAGAGUUUGAGCAGACAUCUAGGAUACCGCCUGCUAUCACAGAAGAAGCCACACUACAAAUUGAAGACAUCAUCAAACAGAGAAUUAAAGACCAAGCAUUUGAUGAUGUGGUCCGCAAGGAGAAACCCAAAGAAGAGGUGUUUGAGUACAAGAAGAGGUUAACAUUGGACCAUGAGAAGAGCAAGCAGAGUCUAGCUGAAAUCUAUGAGCAAGAAUAUCUGAAGCAGACUCAGCAAAAGACAGAGGAGGAAGAGAACCCAGCUCAUGUAGAAAUUCAGAAGCUUAUGGACACACUCUUCCUGAAGUUGGACGCUCUCUCCAAUUUCCACUUUACACCUAAACCAUCUGUUCCUGAGGUCAAAGUCGUGUCUAACUUGCCAUCCAUUACAAUGGAGGAGGUGGCUCCAGUCGGCACUAGUGAUGCUACACUGCUUGCACCAGAAGAAAUCAAGGAAAAGAGCAAGGCAGGAGAUGUACUGGGUAAUACUGAGAAAACGUCAACAGACAAGAAGCGUGAGAGACGCCACAAGAAGAAGGUGAAAAGACUAAAGAUCAAGGAGAAAGAAAAGAGACAGAAACUUAAAGCAGCAGGUACAACUGGAGUGAACAAAAAGCCAUCGAAGGCUGAGCUCGCAGAAAACCUGAAGAAACUCACAAAAGGAGGCAAAGCGACGAUACUCAAGGAUGAAGGGAAGGACAAGGCUCUGCAGUCCUCGCAGGCCUUCUUCUCUCAGCUGCAGGACCAGGUCAGGUGUCAGAUCAAAAGUGCAAAGGACCAGUCUUCAAAGAAGAAGAAACACAAAGAGGUUUCUGUCACCAAGCUCAAGUUAUAACAACUGCAAUAGUUUGUGUAAGAUUAACUUUUUAUUGUACAGAUGCUUUUUUAAUAUAAAAGCUGUAAGACAUAACAUUUGAAAGUCUUUGUAAAAUGUUUUCAUUUUCUUUCAAAUCAAAGUGCACAUUUUCAAAUGUAAUA